GCCUUUUGCCCAGUAAUACUCGUGAAAUGACGACCGCCUGUUCCCGAAACACUAAGCUAUGCAGUUUUCUAUUAGCGUCGCAGUCUUUUGCCUCGCGAGUGUGAUAGCAGCCACAUACGGGAGUCCCCCGCCUCCCCAGCUGCCAAUCGUCCUAGGGAUAGUAUCCGACACAGCAUGGCAGUGCUCGCCAGGAAAAAGUAUCAACAUUACCUUCCUACCGCACACUCUUAGGCUGGAUCUUCCUGCGAUGAGGUUCGGAGCCGAGGGUCAUGGAAGAACAGAUGAGCUGGCCGUAUGCCAAUUCACGGCGGAACUCACGUCUUGGUGGUAUAAGUACCGGUUUGCGAUUCAGAACGUGACUUACAAAGGGCACCUUACGGCAACAGACGGCGCUCAGCUUUACCGGUUGUCCGCGAACGCCGUGUUUCGGUACGAGAACCGCAAGCUUAAUCCCGGGAGGGCCCCUCCGGAUAUAUGGAAUGUGUCUAUGUCUACUAUGGUGAGUGAAUCCGCAUCAGUCUCUCCUCAUUCUACUCCCUCGCCUCACAAUCCACCGUCGUGCGCGGAAAGGGGCCGGGGCCAACAGAUUUACAGAUUGACAGCGCUAAACCGACCACAAUCGGAGGCGACGGGGACUUCAACGGGGACUUCGAGGUCGGCGACGGGAACCCUCGGUUAGAAUGGUCCACGUGCAUGGACGGCGGUGAGGGCACCGGCGACGUUAAAACCAAGCUAGCGUUCGCUCUGACCGCGACAACGAGCGAUCGAACUGGAAAGGGGACCGGCGUGUUGGCUCGUGGUCUCACCGUCGACUUCGGGAUCGCUUGGGAGGAAUGCUACCCCAACCGCGCGGUGAAGAACGCUUGGGGCCAGACGCGGAUCGAUGACUGGUCGACUUGCACAUAUAAGAACGGCAACCAGACCUCGCGUCCAUUGCGCCACGGUGUCGGCUUACUAUUUUAAACCAGACAAAUACCACUUGCAAUAGAUGGCCAACGCCGGGCUCCUCUGGAUGUCUCGGUGGUUAUGCGUGCGACUAUUUUCCGAGACGACGAAAAGGCUAGCAGCAAAGAAUAGAACAUCCUCGACGAGAAGCCGAAACAGCC